GCACUCCUCGGCGGGUUGGCGGCGGCCGGGCCCCCGCGGCGACGGCCGGAGCAGCAGCGACAAGAAGAGCCCGUCUCUAUGAUGAAGUUCAAGCCGAACCAGACGCGGACCUAUGACCGCGAGGGCUUCAAGAAGCGGGCGGCGUGCCUGUGCUUCCGGAGCGAGCUGGAGGACGAGGUGCUGCUAGUGAGUAGUAGUCGGUAUCCGGACCAGUGGAUUGUCCCCGGAGGCGGAAUGGAGCCUGAGGAAGAACCGGGAGGCGCUGCUGAGAGGGAAGUUUAUGAAGAGGCUGGUGUCAAAGGAAAACUAGGGAGACUCCUGGGCAUAUUUGAGAACCAAGACCGAAAGCACAGAACAUAUGUUUAUGUUCUUACUGUCACAGAAAUAUUAGAAGAUUGGGAAGAUUCUGUUAAUAUAGGAAGGAAGAGAGAAUGGUUUAAAGUAGAAGAUGCCAUCAAAGUUCUCCAAUGUCAUAAACCCGUCCAUGCAGAGUAUCUGGAAAAACUAAAGCUGGGCUGUUCCCCAACCAAUGGAAAUUCCACAGUCCCUUCCCUUGCAGACAAUAAUGCCUUGUUUGUAACUGCUGCACAGACCUCUGGGUUACCAUCUAGUAUAAGAUAA